UAUGAAAGCUGUAUAGGUACUCAGGGGUGGUUGGGACACAGUGUUCAACGCCACACUCGUCAAAUAGAUGCAUGACAUUCUCGUUCUCUGAAUCAACGGAGACGCGUGAAUUCCCAAGAUGCCUUCCGCGGUUACAGCUUCGACUCUUGCAGCUGCUACUGCUGGACGAAACAAAAUAGAAGGAGAAGGAGACGCAACUACUAACGGCGACGAUGGUCGUACAAGGGAGAAGCUGUGUAAUGACGUGUUGAACACAAGUGUCAUGGCUGCGAUUAUCGGCGGGUUUGCUCUCAGUAAUUUACAACAAAGUGGUUACGACUACGAAGACAGCCUGCACCUGGCGAUUUAUGUUUGCUCUUAUGGCGUUUGCUUUCGUACACUUCUAGGAGAUGAAGUGUGUGCGUGAAUGUGACUAUCCUUCAGAGGACAUGUUCUUGAGUCCACCUCUAUCUCUAACAUCUUUUCAUCGCAGUCCACGCCUGCACUUGUUCGGCAUUGACGAGCGCGUUUGUCUAUAGAAGUGUCAACAAUAUGCCGGAAGCACGACUCGAAGAUUGGGCGGUAAGGAAUAUUAAGGGUAGGUUAAAUAUUAAGGGUAGGUGUCAGCUACCGUUCGUUUUGCCUCUCCUAAGAGAGAAAGGUAGAACAAACGGGAAACAGAAACACCAAAACGAAAACCCUACCUCUAAGAAAAAGUGGCUACCAUACCUACCCCUCGGGAAGUUCGCAAUGGGCUGCUUGAGCUACAUUUAGGGAGAAUAGAAGACUUGAGGUGUUUCAUCUUGUGAGUGUUUGAUGUUACAGCUUAGUAGAACAAGGAGGUUAUCGCGUUUGCGACAUCAUUUAGAUACAUGUUCAGGUUGUGUAGAAUUUUACACUAAAACAUACAGUAUUGACAACUGUUUUUGACUGAAGGACUGAGCGGAACGGAGCAGCAAACAGGUAGUAUGCACAUAGUGCUGGGGGCGGUAGGUGUGACGGGGGAUAUCGACGAAGAACUCCUUUUAUGUAGGAGCAUGAAGUAAAAGCAAGGAGAAGGAAGUGGCUUCAUCAAAGAGGAGUCUUCUAAUCUGCGCUGAGCGUGAUUCUGAUAUCGUACCGAGAUUUGGAUGGGAAAACUACGUGGCAAAUGGUUACUCUUCUGGUGGGGUUGAUGAGCAUGAGCAUGGUCUUUGCUACUGUUGGGUUUUUGAAUCGGCAUGGCUAGCCACUGUUGGGUUUUUGAAUAGGCAUGGCUAGUAAAAAUAUUGGACCUGGAGUGGGGGGGCGGGACUUGAGUGACUGUUGUAGCAGGGUGUAGUACGACCGCGUGGAGCAUGAGCGUGAGCCUUAUGACGUGUAUGAUACAUCAUCUUCAGCAUUGGAGUCUUGAGAAUUCGCGUGGCACGCUUGUACUCUUGGCAUUCAUCGCGAUCGUGUGAUAGAAGAUAAUGGAAAAGGAGAGAAGAAGAAGGAAAACUGGGGCAGAAGAUGAAAGGGAACACGAGUCGCGAUUGAGUGUUGUUGCGAGGCUCGAAGACACACACUUCAUGAGCAGCACAUCCACUUGAUGGCGUGAAGUCGUAGAAUACAGGGCACGAGUUAUGAUAUAAUAUGAAGAAAGAGGAAGAGAGGCAAGUCGCCGCUGGCUCGUUG